AUGUUACCAGGAGAACAUUUACCUGUGGACGGGACGGAGGAACAGAGCAACCCGACUAAAGCUCAGCCUCUGCCUGCUGCAGCCCCACCAGCAGAGGCUUCACAGGAGGCAGCAGGGUUGAAGAAGCCUCAGUCUGACCUCCAGAAGCCCACCUACCCGCGAUGUGGGCUCACAGUCCCAGAACACAGACUCCCCCAUCUCCCCCCUCUCCCCCCGGGCCUGAGCCGACUGCAGGGCUCCAGCCCCUCGGUGCACAGCAGCAGCAGCAGCAGGAGACACAGGGGCAGUGUGGCUGGCUCACACCUCCCUACUGCUACACCUGCUGACUCGUGUUUACACCUGCUGCUGGCGUGCCUGUCGUGCCAGUGCUCCGUGCUGCUCCUGGGUCUGCUGGAGGCCUGUUCCUCCUGCCUCCACGCCCUCUGCUCCUGCUGCUGCCACGCCUGCGCCCGCUGCUGUUCGGCCAUCCAGGAGGCGCCCGUGGAGGAGCUCAACUGCCACGCCCACUGCCACUCGGUGCUGGUGGAGUCUUGCUGCGAGCCAAUCGAGUGUCUGGAGUUUUGCCUGGAGUGCUGCGAGAUCUGCCAUCGCAGCUAG